CAGGCGAUCACAUGCUCUUCCUCUUUCUUCUUGUAAUGGCCGCUUCCCAGAAGUAGGUGCCGUGGAUGACUGAAGGGUUUCUAAGAUUGCAGUGCUAACUAACCAAGGAAAUACCCCAAAUACAGACUCCAACAGACACCAGAAGUACCCAUCCUUCUCCAUCUUUAGCCUGCCAUUCAGGAUCAUCUGAUCAAUGAUGACUGGGAGCGCGGCUGCUACCAAGAAUGCUUCCCAGCUCUUCUUGGUGCUGUUCUCACUGCUGAUGGGGCUGCCUGUUGUGGAAGCUUUGGAUACAGGCGACACAUUGGCCCUCUUGCUGGGUGCGAUGCUGAGUUGCAUUGGAUUCUGUGCCUGUCUGGGCCUCUAUGCAAGAAAACGAAACGGAGAGCUAUGACUUUAAAAGAUCCCAGGUCAAGCGUAGCUGCCUUGUGGGAUGGUAUUAUGGUUUAGAUGUGAGCUUCUGGAUGUUCCCAAACCUGGAGUGCAACUCGUUAAAUCCUUGUUGCUGUGCCCUGUUUCACAAUAGGGGCUGUACUUGAUGGGGAAAUUUUUUGAAAACUGCAACCCCCAGAUUCACAGAAAGACAACUGUUCCCUAUUUCUUGUGAUUAAGAUGUUGCCUUAAGAGGGAAACUACUUGUUUUGAUAGAACGGAGAAAAUUAACCCUAUCAAUUCAGUGCAAUGGGGAUCUUUUUGGGGUGAGGGAGGACAGUGCCGUCCAGGUUGAGGUGGGUGUACAGAAACAAUUCUCACUAUUUUUACACUCUUAGGAAAUCUAGAAACUCUCCUAAUUAGUUAAUUUAGGGGUUCCAUUGCUUAAUUUAGGAGUUCCAUUGCUUCUUGUGAUGAAAUCUCUCUCUCUCUCUCUCUCUCUCUCUCUUUGAUUCCCCCAAAUUAAGCCAAAGUAUUUUGCGAUAGAUCAAGCAAAUGUGUACCCUCCUAGCUUUGUCAUGCAUUUUGAACAGUUUGGGGCCGUUAUUCCUUUAAGUGCUUGGCAAAUGAUCAAACAUGGGGUGGGGGGGAGAACAUGUGACCUUCCAGCUGUUGUUGGCCUACAGCUCCAUCAGGCCUAGCCAGCAAAGCCACUAGUGAGGGAUGCUGGAAGUUACAACCCAAUAAUAUUUGGAAGGCCGCAUGUUCCCUAGGUCUGAAUUAAUGGGUACAGUCCACAGGGAAUGUGCCUUACACAAGCUUUGUUGAAAUGGAUAGGAAGUGCACAAAGGUGUGGCUUGCACACUUCCAGUUCAUUUCAGUUCAAGUACAGCUUGCAUAGGCGCUCCUGACAGUUUGGGCCCAAAGUCCUCUCAGUUGUUAAGAGUUUCUGGGGGACGUGUUCAAAUGACCAAAUAUUUUCUAUAUGUAUAUCUUGACUGGUAUUGUCUGCAGGGUUUUUAAUGAAAUAGUGGAGCGCUCAGUAAUUCAGAGGUAUUAAAUUAAGUGAUGGGUUACCGAGAACCCAACCCUGAUGAUUGUUCUUGGUCUUCCAGUGUAACUAAAUCAAUAAACUCCACGGGUUGUAUGGUUGAAA